AUGGUCUUUGCCGAUAUAAGUUCAAUCAAAAACGACAUGGCGUCGAUUACAGCUGGUGGUGGUUCAUUUACAAAUCUUAAUUCUUCUCUUCCUCCACCAACACGACCUCCUAAUCCACAAUCCAAUGCUUCAACCGCAAAUACCAUAACAUCCUCAUCCAAUAGAGUAACUCUUCCAAAAUAUGAAAAAAACGAUCCACGAGCAACACUCAAAGCAUUAAUUCGUUGUAUAAUGCGAACAUUUUAUGAUAUUCCAAAAUCUCUUGUUAUCGAAUAUAUUUAUCAUCAUGAACGAAUUCGACAACAAGAUUUAGCUGAUCGUUUAUGUUUAGAUCCAAAGCAAGUUCGUUCCUAUAUUCAAGAAUUUAAACGGGAUAAAUUUAUAAUCGAAGAUCAUCGUCUCGAAUCUAAUGAUGGUACAUCGGGUCGACGCAAUCAAGAUCAAUACUAUUAUAAAAUUGAUACAACAGCAUUUAUUAACGUUGUUAAAUACCGUUUAAUUAAUAUGCAAACUUAUGUAGAAAAUUUAGAGCGACAACAAACAUAUAGACAAUCGAAUUAUAAAUGUGAACAAUGUUUAAAAGAAUAUACUGAAUUAGAUAUUGGAAAAUUAUAUGAUGUAACACAAAACGCAUUAGUAUGUUUAAUGUGUGCUGGUAUUGUACAUGAAGAUGUUGAAACAAAAGAAACAACAACAACAAAUAGACCAACAGCUAACAUGAGUUUAUUUAAUGAAGAAAUGCAGUCAUUAUUCGAAAUUCUUGAAGACAUCGAUAGAAUCAUGACUAGCGAUCAACAAAUGAAAAAUUCUUCUGAUCAAGAUGUUUUUCAACAGAAUGGAAAUUCUUCAUUAUUGAAUCAUCAAAUUAAUAAAGAAGUCAUAUCAUCAAAUGCUCAUCGUUCACAUGCAUCGAAUGUAUUUGAUCGUACAACAGCACUCAAUCAUGAUAUACAGAUAGUUAUUGAAAAAGACGAUGAUGAUCAGUACUCACAUAUGGAAAUUGAUGAAACAAGUAAUACAGAUUCAACUAUAUCGUCAUCACGUGGUCCUGGUAAGCCAGGCAAGAAACCAACGAAAAUAGCUCAAACAACAGCUGAAGUUGCAUCACAACCAGUAUCAACAAAAAUGAAAUUAGCUAAUAAAAAAGUAUCAUACGAACCGAAACCAUUACCACAUUGGUUUGUGCGUUCAACAGUUUACGUUGAUCAAGAUGAAGAACAUCGUUUAAAUAAUCUAUCGUUACAUUCAACAUCCCAUUCAUCAAGUAUUUCCCGUCAAUUAUCAAGUCAGAAAUUAGUUAAAUCAACAACUAUUGAUGAUAUUAAACAAAUGCUACUUGUUCAUGAAUCGCGAAGAAAAAAGACUUUACCUUUAACAACGAUGGAAGACUCAUCGAGUCCACCAACACCUUUACAAAUGGCAAAAACGACUGAUUCACAAUAG